ACGCAAUUCGCAGUGAACAGCGAGAAAUACGAGUAUGCCUUUUGGCUUGAAAAACGCGGGAAGCAAGUUUUAAAGAGCCAACGAUGACAUCCUGAAAUAUGUAUGUUAUGUUUAUGUAUUGACGUAAUAAUCUUUUCUAAAAACUACACUGACCAUGUGCAACAUAUUGAUAGUUUUAAAAUGCUUGGCCGAUGCAAACAUGAGAGUAGCACAUGAUAAAACUAAGUUCUUUAAAGAAAGCAUCGAAUUCUUGGGCUUUUUAGUGACCAAAAACUGCGUUUAAACUGACCCCUAAAUGACCAGGGCGAUACAAGAAUAAACUUAGCCAAAAAAUUUGUUCAGCCUGCGGUCGUUUUUAGGUUUAGCUAUUUACUAUAAGGUGUUUAUUAAGGACUUCGCAACAAUAGCAAGACCCUUAACCAACAUUCUCAAAGGAGAAAAAUAUGCAGUGAGCAAGCAUAUUUCCAAAAAGUUCUCGAUUGAGUUUGACGAAACUCAACGUAAUGCUUUCAAAAGAAUGAGGAAUAUUCAAAGGCAGCCCUUUGAUUUAACUACUGACGCAGAUGGUAUUGGUGAAGUUCUGUCCCAAGGGGGCAUACCCAUUUCCAUGGUUUCACGCACCCUAAAGAAAAGAGAGACACACUACGCCACGAAUGAUUGUUAGCUAUUGUUACCUCAAUGAAGCAAGAAAAAAAAAUUUUUUCACUGAUUACCAGCUCCUUAAUUGCCGUAUCACAUAGAAACACGAAUGCAAAAAUCAAACCAUGGAAGUCAUUCAUUGAUAAACACAACGCAAGUGUUCUAAAAACCACUAUUAACACAGGCGUAGUAAACGCAAAAUUAUUACGAUAGGCACCCCGAAAAACAAAUGCUUGAGGAGACAUUAAUUCCAUCAUACGCUGUAGAAAUACUGCACAUUGAUAUCCUUUUAACUGACAAAAAAAUUUUUCUUACUUGCAUUGACAAAUCUCAAAAUUCGCCAAAGUACAACCACUGGCAUCUCGCACAAUAACGGAUGUAAAACCGCCCAUUAUUCAGCUGUUGAAUUUAUUCCCACAGACCAAGACAAUUUACUGCGUUUAACGAAGCUACUUUUAGUUCAGCUACAAAACUAUUAGGGCCCUGAUAAAAAAGGGUACGACGUCGACAUUAUGAACACACCACCCCUACACAGUUGCUCAAAUGGCCAAGUGGAACGCUUUCACAGCGCACUCGCAGACGUAACCAGAACGUUUUGCCUAUAAAAAAUUUCUGACGAUACAGUCGAGUUGAUACUAUUCGGUCACACACCAAACACCCAUCAACAUAAUGCAAGCAGCGUCCAGCGAGCAUAGGCAAGCCAUCAAAAAUAAAAUUGCGAAAGCCCAGCACGAUAACAUUAAAAGAUCCAACCCGAAUAGUCAAAACAGGGUAUUUGAGGUAGGCGAAACAGUUUUUGUAAAGAAUAUAGAUUAAGAAAUAAGUUAACUAGCCUCUGCACAGAAGAAACAAUUCAAGCAGGCCUGGGAACGUCUGUUUUCAUUAGAGAGAGGGUGGUCCAUAAGGACAACCUUAAAUAGUGGUUGCUUUCAAGUAAAAAUUUGAGAUUGAAAAUAGUACUUUAAUAGUUUAAGCGCACAACGAUUUUCAUUCCUCGUUUCUUUUAUUUAAUUCUAUUAGUAUUAGGGGUAGUACAUGGUCGGAUUAUUGACUACUCCCACUCCAGCUAUAUCUCGGUAAUUGACGGAAAGGUAUUGGUAUGGAAAUAAGCAGAUUAUUAAAGGCCCCUAUUAUGAGUUGCAUUCGAUCUUCGCUAUUCGCUGGCUAUCGAAAAUCGAAUGUCAAAUUCGUAUUAUGAGCUAUGCAACUCUGUCGAAAUUUUCGUUGAGCAUCGAAAUGGCUGUCGAACAGAAUUUACCUAUCGACAGCGUAGCGUAGUGAAUGGAAAUUUGUGAAAAUGUCGAAAGUCGUGAGCACUAAACAGCAGUUGGAAAAACUGGUAGCUUUAAUGGAAGAAAAUCCACAAUUUGCAAGAGGGAUUUGCACCAAAGUUCAGGCGGCAACAAAAUGGGAGGGAUUUGCUUUGGAGCUGAACUGUUUGGGUCCACCAACUAGACCAGCGGCAAAGUGGAUGAAGGUAUGGGCUGAUAUGAAGUCAAAGACAAAGAAAAAACUGUCGCAAAACAAAGCGGAGUACAGAGCAACAGGCGGAGGUACUAACAGGCUGCAGGGAUUUUCUAAUACUGAAGAGAGUAUUAUUGGCUUACUUGAGUUUGAUGCCUGCAUAAACCCGCCGGGAGCCGAAUUUGGUCUGGAUAUAAGUGGCGAUGUUGAACCACAACUUCCAGCUCCAACAAAUCCCACCCCACAUCCUCAGGCUGAAGAAAGUGAAGUGGAGUUUCAUUCUGAGGCUUACGAGCCUCCAGCACGCAAAACGCGGCCAAUUAAAAAAUGCAACAAGGCAGAGAGGCUGAGGUUACUGGACUCCCAGACAAAUGCCCAGAAACAGUACUACAAAGAAAUGGUCCCCACUUUAGGGGUCAUACGAAAAUGUGCUGAAGAAAAAGUGGAAUACCUAAAGAAACAGUAUGAACUGGAUAAAAACGCAACAGAGGUAAUGCUACAGCUGAAAAAGGAAAAAUUGCGGGUUUACAAAGAAGAAGUUUUAAAAAUCCAGCAAGAUCGCAAAUCAAAACUGCAGUUAAAACUUGCAAUUUUAGAGCUAAAAAAAAUCUUUAAAUAAUUCUUAACUUUUAUAUUUAGA